CGCUGAGGCGGCGAAGAUGGCGGCUGCCGGCGCCGGUUUGGGCGGCGGUGCGGGCCCGGGGCCCGAGGCCGGGGACUUCCUGGCCCGGUACCGGCUGGUGUCGAACAAGCUGAAGAAGCGGUUCCUGCGGAAGCCGAACGUGGCCGAGGCCGGGGAGCAGUUCGGGCAGCUGGGCCGCGAGCUGCGCGCCCAGGAGUGCCUGCCCUACGCCGCCUGGUGCCAGCUGGCGGUGGCCCGCUGCCAGCAGGCGCUCUUCCACGGGCCCGGCGAGGCGCUGGCGCUCACCGAGGCCGCGCGCCUCUUCCUGCGGCAGGAGCGUGACGCGCGCCAGCGCCUGGUCUGCCCCGCCGCCUACGGGGAGCCGCUGCAGGCCGCCGCCAGCGCCUUGGGCGCCGCCGUGCGCCUGCACCUCGAGCUGGGCCAGCCGGCCGCCGCCGCCGCGCUCUGCCUCGAGCUGGCCGCCGCCCUGCGCGACCUGGGCCAGCCGGCCGCCGCCGCCGGCCACUUCCAGCGGGCCGCCCAGCUGCAGCUGCCCCAGCUGCCCCUGGCCGCGCUGCAAGCGCUCGGCGACGCCGCCUCCUGCCAGCUGCUGGCGCGGGACUACAACGCGGCCUUGGCGGUCUUCACGCGCAUGCAGCGCCUGGCGCGGGAGCACGGCACCCACCCGGUGCAGCCUCCGCCGCCGCCGCCGUCGUCGUCGUCGUCGUCGUCGUCGUCGCUACAGCUACAGCUACAGGGGCCGCAGCCGCCCGGGCCCCCGCCGGGACCCGACACGGCCCUGGUCCUGCCGGUGCCGCUCCCUGCUAGCGCCGGCUCUGCGGCGCCUUCUCCCGCCGCUCUGGGCGCCUUCUCAGACGUGCUGGUCCGCUGCGAAGUGUCCCGCGUGCUGCUGCUGCUCCUCCUGCAGCCACCGCCCGCCAAGCUGCUGCCGGAGCACGCCCAGACCUUGGAGAAGUACUCCUGGGAGGCUUUCGACAGCCACGGGCAGGAGAGCAGCGGCCAGCUUCCCGAGGAGCUCUUUCUGCUGCUCCAGUCCUUGGUCAUGGCGACCCACGAAAAGGACACCGAAGCCAUCAAGUCGCUGCAGGUGGAGAUGUGGCCGCUGCUGAGUGCCGAGCAGAACCACCUCCUGCACCUCGUCCUGCAAGAAACCAUCUCCCCCUCGGGACAGGGGAUCUGAUCAGUCCCAUUAACCAAGUGACUCUUUUCCUGUUAGCAAACCUCACGCAUCCACCUUUGCAUCUGGGGAGAAAUAAAAGACGUUUUUCCUCAUCGUACUGUUUUGUGUUAUUGCUGUGGUCACCAUGGGAAUCAGAAUUUAGUUUACUGAAGAUUAGCUGUGUCCCAAGUGCUUGUUUCCAUAAUAAUUAAAAAAAAAAAAAAAAAAAACACCAGUUGCCGUGGCUGGGUUCUGAGUCAUGGGGACCCGGUGUGUGCAGAGUAGCACUGCACUCCCUGCAUAGGGUUUUCCAGGCGUGACCUUUCAGAAGCAGAUCGCCAGGCCUUUCUUCCGAGGCAUGUCUGGGUGGCUUCGGAGAGUAGGAGGAAACACGUGAUGAUAGACUCGGGCUAGGGGCCCGAUUCUCUUCCCCAAGACGGCAACAUAGAGAUGAGAAUCUCCCUAGUAGUUGCCUAGGGCUACCCGAACAAGUGACCACAAACCCGGUAGCUUUUAAGGAACUUUUAUUCCCUCACAGUUCUCGAGGCCAGAAGUCCAGAUUCAAGGCCCUAGGGGAGAAUGCUUCCUUGCCUCUUCCAU